AUGCCCGAGGAAGCCAGAAGCAGCUCACAGACCAAUGGGCCUGGUUCCACCGAUGUCACCAGAGACAACUUCAUCCCCCUCUUCGAUGGCAAGCCUGCCUCCUACAAGGAGUACCGCAAGCGCAUCAUGCUGUACUACCUGAAGAUGAGCAUCAACAACAAAAAGAAGGAGGCCACCAUCAACCUUCUGACCAGCCUCAGCGGUCCUGCUUGGCGCCAAGUCGAACACAUGGUCGACGCGGCCGCUGCGAAGGAUGAUGGUUUUCAAGAUGUAAUCCAGCAACUGGACAAAGCCUUCCAGUACGACGACCGCGUCGAGAUGCCCCGCACCUUCGAGAAGUUCUUCUUUCACCUGCAGCGGCGACCAGAGAUGAAUCUCCUGACCUACUGCACCGAGCACCGGGAACACCUUCGAUAG